AACAGAGUCCCCAAAAAGUGGAUCUAUACACUAACGGGUCGUUUGUAAAUUUUCCUGACCAAUCAGAAUCUUAUCCGUCUUAUGGGAGGAGUAUGUUGCUAUAGUAAUAUGAAACAAGAAACUGUGAAACGUGAAGUUAGUUAGCUAGCUUUCUUGCUGCCUCGAAUAUGUAACGAAGUCAUAAACCGAUUAGUAAACACCACUAUUGCCUUUGUACUAACGACAACAUAAGACCACCAAAAAUGUCAACCACCAGAGCAAAACUGAAGAAACCCACUCUAAAAGUUACACCAUCUUCCCGGGUAAUGAAUGUCUCAACAUCAGGCGUACUCCGGGUCAACCACAGCUCAACAUAUGCUCGGAGUAUCAAUGCCUCAGUGAGCCGGAAAAGUUUCAGUUUGGCUGCUGACAGUAAAAUCUUGGAUAAAAGCUCUGUUCAAACACCAAAACACACAGUUCAGGUCUUUGACGAAAGUGGCAAGGACGUCACCCCACAGCCUCUCUACCAGCCGGACCCUGCAGCAGUGAUGUCUAAACACAGUAAGAUCUUUGCCAGUGACACCUCUGGUGGCACCAUGUCAGACUUCUACUCUACGGCAUACCAGACAACAACCAACGCUAGCUUCGCUGGGCCCUUUACCAGGUCAGUGUUUGGAAGCAGCACAGUGUCGAGAGGGAGCCAGUCCACGAUGGAGUCGAUGAAUGAAGAGAUUGAGGACCCAUCCUCCAAAAGGGACAUCUCCAUCAGUCUCUCAGAUGUCCAGGUCAGGAGGGAAGAGGUGAAAGAGUUGAUAAAGGAGGAGAUGUUGGACGACGUGGUGGAUCGGUACCUCAUCGAGUCAGAGACCCUCUGGCUACUGCACAUGCCAGCCGUCUCUGUGUCUGUGGACUCUGAGGAAGCUGAAUCUGUCAAAGAGAGAAACAAUCUGUACAUGGAGCUGUGUAAGAACAGAAUGGGGAAUGAUAAGUACGUGGAGCGUUCCAUGCAGACGUUCAACGGAGCACCCAAGACCAAGGAGGUCCAGAGUGAGGCCAUCACCAUGGUGGAUGCAGCCACCACAGCCACCACCUGGGAUAUGUAUGACUCAUUCCACAGCGCAGGGCUGGGGGAGGCUGCCUUGUCCCCAGACACAGACAAGGCCAGCAUCCCUGAGAUUGUCUCCAACCACAGACUGGACCCCACCAGAGCCCCCGAGAGAACCAUGUCUGUCAUCAGCACCACUAGCAUAGCGAGUGCCUCUAGCUCGCGGAUCGAGAUAGAGCCUUUCGUGGUCCCGUCUGAAGAUGAACCGGACCCGGAACUGAUUCUGCAGUCAGAGAAGUUCCAGCAGGAUCUGUUCGUGAUGGAAAGGAUCAUUCUGGAGAACAUCUACCAGCCGAAGCUGGCUGCAUACAGACAGCUCCCCACAUUGGAAGAUCCUGACAGUGUGCCCAAGGUUGUGCCCACGGUGGUGAGCAGGAGAGAGGAGAGUUCCCUGGAUGAGGAGAGCACUCUGACCCCGGCACUGGAGCGCCUCUGGUCCUUCAGCUGUGAGCUGACUUCAGGACACAACGUCAGCAGUAUGGCCUGGAACAAGAGGAACGCCGACCUUCUUGCAGUGGGGUAUGGACAGUUUGACUUCAAAGACCAGAAAUCAGGCCUGAUCUGCUGCUGGUCUCUGAAGAACCCCACGUGGCCUGAGAGGGUCUUUACCUGUGAGAGUGGAGUGACUACUUUGGACUUUUCAGCAAGCAAUGCCAGCCAGCUAGCAGUGGGGAUGCAUGAUGGCAGCAUAGCCACCUACAAUGUCAAGAGCAGAGAGAAGACACCCGUCAUCGACAGCAGUGACUGUGCCCACAAGCACACAAGCCCUGUGUGGCAGGUAAGGUGGAUCGACCAUGAGAGGGGUGCCUCAGGGGAGGACAAGGGAGAGACACUCAUCUCUGUGUCUGCAGACGGCAGGAUCAGCAAGUGGUUCCUGCGGAAAGGCCUCGACUGCAUAGACCUGAUGAAGCUGAAGAGGACGAGGAAUGAAAAAGCCAAGAAGCAGGCUGGAGACAAAGAGAGGAAGAGCGAGGCACUCAUAUCACGGCAGGCGCCGGGGCUCUGUUUUGACUUCCAUCCCACGGACUCCAACAUCUACCUUGCUGGUACAGAGGAGGGCCACAUCCACAAGUGUUCCUGUUCCUAUAAUGAACAGUUCCUGGAGACCUACAUAGCACACAAAGGCCCUCUGUACCGGAUCACAUGGUCUCCGUUCUGCUCAGAUGUCUUCCUGAGCUGCUCCUCUGAUUGGACGAUCCAGCUGUGGCGGCAGGACCUGUUCACUCCCGUGCUGGGCUUCACCUCGACCCAGAGUGCCGUCUAUGAUGUCAUGUGGUCCCCCAAGUGGGCCACCGUGUUUGGGGCCGUUAACGAGGGACGCGUGGAGAUCUGGGACCUGGGAGCCAGCAUCCUGGACCCCACCAUAGUGAGCCUGGCCAGUCCCGGGGUGAAGCUGACCUCCCUGCUGUUUGCUACUGAGACAGACUGUAUUCUAGUGGGGGACAGUGACGGACAGGUCAGCGUCUACCAGCUCAAGAACCUCACCGUAGGAGAGGGAACACAGGUGGACGCGUUAGAGGACAUCAUCGGCUCCACCCUGGCCAGUCAGCUGUGAGAGGGACAGACCCAGCCAUGGGUGGAGGGACACACCGGGACUAUGUAUCCCCUAAAGCCUGCCUCAUCCACUAUGUCAUCAUCGGCUGUCUGUCGCCAUAGUGUUUGGUCCCCAAGGACUGCAUCUUUGUCUCUUUUUAUAUUGAGAAAAAGAACAUGAUCAUUUUUCAUUACCAUAAAACAUGUUUCGUCUCUGCUUGUCACUCACGGUCUCUCAAAGUUUAGAUCAAUAUCUAGAUCAGUCCGAUUUUUCUUUGUCUUGUUUUUAUAUUCAUCUGGCCCAAUGCCCAGUUUCCCCAGUUCCAGUCUUGAAUAAUAGCUGAAAUAUCUGGAAUUGAUUAUAUCCAUUUCAAAGGAGGUUCUGCCUGAUUCUAUGUUGCUGCUGAUCUUGUUGACCCAGUCAUAAAGAAAGCUGUCUUUGAGCUUGUUUUGAUGAAGAGCAAUGGAGGAUCUCUGAGUGACACACACGAAACGCAUCCCAAGGAUACUUUUUUCAGAAAGCUGAAAUGCCAUGCAUCUCUUUUUCAUCUUCCCAAACCUGCAUCUUUGGCUGUCCGGCCCUCAUCGCCACAGCAACGUCCCUGUUUUGUAUGAUAGUCAUUGUGUGUGUACUGUAUGGAGAGCACUGUGUUUUUGAGCAUGCUGUUACUCUGCAGUGCUGUGUGUGUAUAUGAGUGUGUUCAUGUGUAUUAAGAGUGUAGCCUGUCUAAAGAGCUUCUGUUGCAUCGAGAUCCAGACACACGCACACCCCACUCAGCCUCCCAUACCUCCGCUAAUGGCUGUCAUUAUGUAGUCAAGGGCUUUCCCUGACAUUUGAAAGUAGGUGUUGUUAACCGUCAUUGUUAUGUGGGUAAAAAGGCUAAUACGGACUGGAGUCUACUGCUUCAGGAGCAAAUGGGCAGAAAAACAUAAAAACCUGGUAAAGUGGACAUCUGACAGGAGUCACAUGACAGUAGUAAACAGAUCAUAUGCCAUUAUGACUGCUAUCUCUGUCAUGGGUGUCGUAGGGUAGAGACCAAGACGCAGCGGGAAAAUGUACACUCAUCUUUUU